CCCAAUUUCAAAUAGCACCAAACGGCUACUUCCCUACCAAUCCUUCCCCAAGAAUUCUCAGAGGAGGUCGUCGGCUCUCCCGAAUUCGCUCCUCAAACGCUCGAAAUUCCCCCCGGAAAAUCUCUCGAAUCCUGCAUCUCUCUCUCUUUCCGGCCUCGAUUCCGUCGGCUGUUCGAUCGCGCGCGCGCUCCGGGGUUUCGGUCCGGUCCGAUUGUCGUUGUCGCGGCGGCGGAGGAGAGAAGACGGGAGGAUGAACUCGAAACCCUGUAUGAAGAUCCGAGUCGUGGCGAGAAUCAGAGGCCACGGGGAUCGGGAGGCCAAGCCUUGGAUCUCCGUCCACAGGCCUAACGGAGAGGACUCGGAGACCGUCGCCUUGUCUUUCGACGCUCCGUCUGCUAGUAAAAAAGAAUCCCAUCAAGUGCACUACUGCUAUGAGCCUAAUGAAGACAAUGAUAGGAUAUACAUUAGAGAGAUCAAGCCUUUUAUAUCGGAAGUUUUUGACGGUCAUAAUUUCACUACCAUUGCUUAUGGGGCUAGAGGCAGUGGAAAGACAUGCUUAAUUCAGGGCUCGGGGGAGAGUCCGGGCUUGGCUGCACUAGCCAUUGAAGACAUUACCCAAAUGGCUGAAAGAGCGGAGAGACUUGUUGCAAUAUCUUUUUAUGAGAUUUACCAAGACCAGGUCUAUGAUCUGCUGAAAUCAGAUAGGGCAGCUGUUUCGAUACUUGAAGAUGCUCAAGGAAAAAUCAAAUUGAAAGGGCUUUCUCAGGUUCCCAUAAAGUCUAGCUCAGAAUUUCGCAAGCUUUAUUUUGGUGGUUGCAAUUCUACCAAGAUAGUCAACAAGUUGGCUAAUGAACUUCCUAAAAGAAGCCACAGGGGCUUAAUCAUUCACGUCACAUCACCUGUUGAGAACACGGAUGCACCUCCUGUUGGCAAACUGAAUUUUGUUGAUUUAGCAGGAUAUGAGGACCCUCGCAGGAAAAGUAAAGAUGGCCUUAGCUUUGUGGAGAAGAAUAAAAUCAACAAGUCACUAUAUGCACUACAAAAUGUUCUUCAUGCAUUAAAUGCCAACGAAAACCAUGUUCCUUUCCGGGAAAGCAAAGUUACUCGCCUGUUGCAAGAUUCACUCGGAGGCUUAAGUAAUAGGCUCACAGUCAUAGCUUGCUUGAACCCAUUGUUUUGCCAAGAUUCCAUUUACAUUGCCAGUUUAGCUUCUCGGACUUGUCGAGGAAGUCAUCAUAUUGUCAUGGAAUCUGCAAAGAAGAGCAAAACUUUGGAAAAACCAGUAGGGAUACCCUCAUCUAAGGUUAGAAUCUCACAAAGUGCUUCUGGUAAGCAAAUUAGAUCGCGGGUUCAUCUUCUUCAAAAGAAUGCCAGUUGUAAAUCUGCCGUGAAGGGAAAGAAAUUAUUUGGCGAGAAAAGUGGCCUGGAUAAUGAUAUGAAGGCAAGCUCAGACUCAGCUGUUGCUUCAACCGUUAAAGCUGGAGCACAAGAAGAGGAAACUUCUAUAUCUGCUGUUGCUUCAUCUUUUGAUUCUUUGACGCAUGGAGAUGAAAAGUCCGGCUUAAAUGUUACCGAGAGAAUGGUCUCGUCAGAGAAGCAAACUUCCUCUGCGGUGUUGGAACAUACCUUGGAAAAUACUCUGCCACCAAAUGUGGAUGUUUCUCAGCUGUGUGAAGAAAAUCAAGAGGAGGUUAGCUCUAAUCUCAGUUGCAGCAAGGAAGCAUUUCCUCUUCCUAAUAGAGGUAGCAUGGGCAAGGAAAAUUUGCAAUUUUCCAUCAAUGAAGAUGGAUCGCCACCAUUGAGUGCCAGAUUGCAGGAGCUAUCAAAUAGCUUGAAGUUAUUGUACUCCUCAACUCCAUGCAUAAAGAUGCCAAAUGAGAACGUGGAAGCUCUGGAGCCAAAAACUCCAAUAAUUGACUCAAAUGUCCAAGGAAAUGAGAGAAAAGACAUUGCUGGCGUAGAUAGUCCUUUGCCAGCUUCUAGGACAUGCUACCCAGGAACAAAGAAUUCCCUCGUUCAAGAAUAUCUAAGGAUUUUCAACAGUGCUAGCAAGGAAGAGUUGAAGGGACUACGGGGAAUCGGAGAGAAGAGAGCUACCUACAUUAUUCAACUUCGCGAAAAAUCACCGGAGCCAUUCAAGACUCUUGAUGAUAUAGGGAGUCUCGGACUGUCAGCAAAGCAGGUGAAGAAGAUGUUGGCAAUGAAGUAGAGCGCACCGGCCAGCGCAAGAUGAAUCUUCUAUUGGCAAUAAGUGUUGCCACAAAACCGGGUUUAUCCGUGCGGAGCUUCUUGCGUGAUAUGUAAUGUGCCAUGUCCUCGUAUGCGAUGAUGAUUCAGGAUGCGAGGGAAAAGACGAUUUAUCCUGGUCAUAGUGUGUUUUUGUGUACCUGCUUUUGUAUAGACUGCAAGGAUAACCCACCUCACUGCUGGUGUAUUUUAUGUGGAAAAUAUACUAAAAUUGACAUGUUAGUGUCA